AUGGAAUCUAAGAGGCCUAACACUAUUGUUGACAACUACAACCAUGAAGAUCACCAACAACAACAACAAGAGGAGGAAAACAAUGAGAUCCUCAAGAGAAGAAUCUCUAGCCACCCCCUCUACGGUUUGCUUGUUGAAGCUCACUUAGAUUGUUUGAAGGUUGGAGACAUUUCAAACUUGGACAAUGAGCUGAAAAUGGAUCAGAUGCAAGCAACCAAGAAACAAAACCUGGGCAUGUUCAGCCAAUCUGAGCUUGAUCUCUUCAUGGAAGCAUAUUGCUUGGCACUUGGGAAGCUUAAAGAAGCAAUGGAAGAGCCACAACAGAAGUCCAUGACUUUCAUAAACAACAUGCAUUCACAACUUAGGGAGCUCACUAAAGCAACAAUGGCUACACCUACUGAACCAGCAGCUACAACAUCUUCUAGUGAGUGCAAAUUCAGAAGAAACCCUGCAAUUUAG